AUGCAUUACUGGUACUUGGAAAUGAGGGGUGGCUUUACGGAUAAGAGUGCAUAUUGGAUUGCCCGUGAUCAUGUUCUCAACAAUGUCCUAGUGUCCACAUCCAAUGGGGACCCCUUAAAGGAGCUAUGGAGGAAAUUAUGGAAAGCUCAAGUCCCUGGGAAAGUUCAAAUUUGUGCUUGGCGAGCAUGCUGUAACUUACUGCCUACCAAAGAGAGACUCACAACAAAAGGUUAUGCAUGGGACCUUCAGUGCCUUUUGUGCAAUUACAGGAUUGAAGACAACGCUCAUUUAUUUUGUCAGUGUCCUUUAGCAUGUUCUCUACUAUCUCAAGCUCCAUUUCACCCUCAAAGCUCGUUAUUGCCUCAAAUCAACUUCAAAAAGGGGAUGUUGGAACAAGCUAUGCAUCUUAAAAUGGAGACUUUUGAGAAGUUACUCGUGUUGAUCUGGGGCCUGUGGACCAACCGGAAUACAAAGCUUUGGGAGGACACUACUAGCAGUACAGCUGACAUACUCUUCAAGUGCUUGUCUUGGCUUGCAGAAUUCCAAAAGUCUAGCGCCACUCCGCCUACACCGAGAUCCUAUACUCCACCGACUUGGGAACCAGCUAAAACUGCAGAAUUUAAACACAAUAUUGAUGGGGCUUUUAUGCCUCAUAUGACUAAGGGAGGCAUUGGUGGACUUCUCCGAACCUCAAGUGGAAAAGUGGCAGCUGCUUUUCACUUUGUCUCCCCGUUUAUCAGUUCUGCAUACCAUGUUGAACUGCUGGCCAUUUUGGCAGGGCUAGAGCUUAUUAAGCAGCAUGAUUAUCGAUAUGUUUUUAUUGAGACUGACUGUCAGGUGGCAGUUCAUGAUAUAUAUUUUUGCUCCUCCAUACGUACUGUGUAUGAAUCCAUCAUUGAUGACAUUCAAGAUACUUUGAAGGAGAUGCAGCAUGUGCAGAUUUGUUAUGUCCCCCGUACUUGCAACAGAGCUGCUCAUUGCCUGGCUAGUAUAGGUUUUGAAUCUGACCAAAGUAUGUUUUGGUAUGACUCCACUCCAGAUUGUAUUGAGGACUUAGUCCAACGAGAGACCCCAACUCCCACUUAA